AUGACACAGCAAACGAGCUUCGCGAAGUGUAAACCAGGGGGAGAGAUGCACGUCUUCAUCUUCCUUGUGCUGAUCUUCACAGGUGAUGGUAUCCAUGCUGACGUGUUUCAAACCUCAAGAAUUGACACCACUGUAAAGCUGACAGAGGUGGAUGGGGAGAAGGUUUUCACCUCGGAUUCCCUGUUGUUUGACGUGAAGAGUUGCAGUGAAGUGCAGCUCCGCAUUAACAUGGAAGACGGCAGAGCAGGUAUCGACAUAUAUCCAAACAAGACAUCCCAUAUGCAUUACUGUGACUCCAGCUACAAUAAUUAUUGCACUGAGGAGAUGUUGGCUAUGUCCGGGGACGCGUGUGUCGACUACACACCACUGUGGGUGACGAUUUCAUUUAGUGAAAUCAAAAUCGGUGAAGGUUGCGAAGUUGGAGAAUUCGUUCUGUGGUCAUACUCGUCUUUUUUGACCUUCUUAUUGGACAGCAUUGAAAGCAUCGAAAUCUCUUCAGUAGAUAAUGCAUGGUGGCGACUUGGAAAAUCUUCAUGUCAACCUGUGACCACACCAGCUACUACCACAACGUUGACAACGCUCCCUGCAACAACGCCUGCUACGGCACCCGAAGCGACACCCGAAGCGACACAAGAAGCGACAUCUGAAUCACCAGGAUCCUUGACAAGUGAAGCAAAGAUGAAUGAAACAAUGCUUCAGAACGUGGACAUGAGACGAUCUGCCGGAGCCGUCAGCAGCAGCUCCAUCACUGGGAUGACCAUCGUUGUAACGUUGAUAUCCUGUUUAAAGUACUAAGGAAAUACGCAACUCUGGCAUACCGACUUGUAAACACAUUCUGUUAUUUUUCCUGAAUUAAAAUGUGCC